GUUACAAACAACCGUUAUGUGAACAAAAUUAAUAUACCCUUGUGCACAAGUGCGCUCGGGUAUAAAAAUGAGCAGCGAAAUACCAGAAAAGUGAGUAUUUAUGUGAAAUAGUUAAAAUUUAGUUGUUUUAAACCUUUUAACAUAUUCCAGACAUCCAAAAUACCACCGACCGAAAAUCCGACCACACAGGAGCAGCUUCAGUGUUAUGUGCAAUUUUGCAAGGACCAUCCGGAGCUAUAAACGGGAAAAAAAAGCCAAGUUCUCCGAAAUUGAUAGAAUCUCUGUGGAUGCAGCUAGCGGAGAACUUAAAUGCAAUGCGUGGGCCCACCCGCACGGUAGCGAAGUGGAAAGAAAGUUUUUUUUUGAAAUUUGUAUAUUUACGACGGAACGGAGCAAACCUGCUCACAUAAAUGCAUAAAUAUGUUCUUAUAUAAUUUGUAUUUCAUGUAUGUACAUAGAUACAUAUAUUUCUUUUAAUUAUGAUUGUACACAUGUGUGUAUGUGCAUAUAUACCUCAUUUACAGACAUUAACCGGAUGGAAAAACCAGCUGCGGAGCAGAGCACGAAGGGUCGUAGAGCAUACAAAGGCAACAGGUGGUGGACCACCGACAGAAUAUGUGUCCGAAUUCGAGCAACAAGCGCUGAAAACAUUUGGGGUGGCAGCAGUAUAUGGUCGCUUAAACAUGGGUACAUUGGGGCAUGAGG